CUCGUCAGUCGUCUUCUUGUGCCUUCUUGCACCCUGUUGAUCUGUUUAUCUCGUACAAUUGGCGGUUAUUUUUUACAAAUUGUACUUCUGGAAGGUGAAAAACUAGCAAAAUAAGGUUUCCAAGGUAGGAACUAAACUCUAGGAAAGAAAAAUGUCGCAAAGACGGUCGAGAAGAGUAAUUAUUGACGACGAUGAAGAGAUGCCAGGACCAUCUCAAGGUAGACGUCGAAAUGUAAAUCGUAAUUCAGACGAUGAAAUGUCCCUUUGGUCUCAGACUCAAAAAUCUCAGAGAAAGAAAAAAAGCAAGAGUCAAAACAAUUCAAGAAAUGAUGACGACGACGAUAGUCAGUCACAAGCUUCACAAUCCAGAUCCCAAAAAGUUCCUUCUGAGGACGAAUUAAAUCGUUUGAUGGGACAUGUCGUUCGGUAUAUUCUCGUUUCUGAUCGUUCAAGGUAUCCGAUUCUAAGGCAGAACAUUCAGAAAAAUGUACUCAACGGCUCCAAAUACUUUCGACCUGUUAUGGAACAUGCCGCAGAUACUUUAAAAAGGGUCUUUGGAUAUGAGCUUGUCUCAGUCGACAGUACAAAGUAUAUUCUCGUGAAUGAAAUUGCGAACGAUAGGCCUCAUCUAACUUUUUCAACAGAGAAAACUUCAAUGUUGCUUUUGUUUUUAGCAUUAUCUCACAUUUUUAUGAGCGAUGAGGUUUGUUCGGAAGACAGCCUGUGGAAUUUUCUCAGGAAACUGAAUAUUGUAGAUGGAGACGAUUUCAGACACGAGCAUUUCGGAGAUGUUCAACAGUUGAUAUCUGUGGAAUUUGUAAAGCAGCGUUAUCUAACUCGAUCGAAAAUCGAGAACAGCGAUCCUGAGAAAUUUCAGUACCAAUGGGGCUCGCGGGCAGAACGAGAAUUAAAUAAGCUCGAUGUUCUCAACUUCGUUUCUCGAGUCUUCCGAAAUAGGCCAAUGGAAUCCUGGUCGAACCAGUACAAGAUUGCUGUACAAAAUCAACCACAGGGCCGCGAGCCUUAAACCCAAGAAUCUAAUAUCUUGCAGGUUAAUUAUAUUUCAACUAGUUUUCUCUUCAAAAUACUCAUUGUAUCCUUUUUCAUUUGUUCCUCAAAACCUUUUUUAAAUUUUAAGUUCUUGUUAUUAUUACAAGGUAAGAAUAUUUAACGAUUAGUUCCUCAUUUUGCGAAAUGUCGGUCACGAGAAAUAUUAUGUACCAAUGAUUACACUAAGAGAGCCAAUUAGCAUAGGAAUGAAUGCGCUUCGAAAUUGCUGAAAUCGUCCUCGAAUGCAGCCAUACAGAUGUAAAGAUUAUGUUCGAGUGGUCUCCAACUUCAGUAAGGGGUCAGGGAUUGCAGAGGGUUUAAAAUUUUUUGUCUCGUUAAAACUUAUUCUGAAUUUGAAAUUAUUUCUUAUAGUCUUGUAAAACUUCGACGCAAUGCUUUUCUUUAUUUUCGGAGAAAAUUGAGACGAUUAGUUCGUUUUCUAUUAUAAUAAAAAGUAUUUUCAGUAU